CCUUGAAUAUGGGCACGAAAUCCUCUCCAAUAUUCUCAUUACAUAUUUUAUUGCGGGGGUAGAGUAUGGGGUGGCAAUCGCUCAUGCAGUAGUGGGAACAAUCACUCGCGUUCAUUAUUUUAUUUAUAACUGGGAAAUUCAUUCGACAUGCACUCCGCCCGUGCUUUGCUGACCGGCCUGACUCGCCGCAUCCAAAAGCGACAAUUAUUGGAGGGUCGAAGACUCGUGAAGGAUCAGAUCAGGAGGCUGAACGUGCACGAGCACGUGGCGUACAGCCUUUUGAAUCAAGCAGGAAUCCCUACCCCACCCUUCAAAGUUGCAAAAACCCCAGAAGAAGCUGCAGAACACGCGACAUGUCUCGACUCCAGAGAUAUCGUAUUGAAGGCUCAGGUUUUAACCGGUGGCAGAGGAAAAGGAACUUUCAAGGGAAAAGAUAUCGGUGGAGUCGUCCUGUGUGACACGCCCGAGCAGGCAUGCGUGAACGCGGAAAAAAUGAUCGGAGAAUAUCUCGUGACGAAGCAAUCAGGGCCCGAGGGAAAAAUUUGCAACACAGUGAUGAUAACGACCCGGAUGUUUCCCCGGAAGGAAUUCUACCUCGCUGUGAUGAUGGAACGAUCAUUUGGCGGGCCGGCAGUCAUAAUAUCGACAGAAGGCGGUGUUAACAUUGAAGAUACAGCUGCAAGUCGUCCGGAUGCCAUCGCAUAUUUUCCCAUCGAUAUUGACAAGGGAAUCUGUCCAGAUGAGGCCCAAAAAAUCGCCGAUAAAUUGGGACUGGAGGAGAAAGGGGGAAAAGCUAUUGCGGAGAUCAUUAUCAAUCUCUACAAACUUUUUAUCGAAAAAGAUGCUCUUCUUCUGGAGAUCAAUCCAUUGGUCGAGGAUAUCUGCGGUGAUUAUUAUGCGUUGGAUUGCAAAUGUAAUUUCGACGACAGUGCGGAAUUCCGUCAGAAGGAGUUAUUUGAGCUGCGAGACUGGACCCAGAAAGAUCCUAGGGAAUCUCAGGCGGAGAAAUUUAAUUUGAAUUAUAUUCCAUUGGACGGAAAUAUUGCGUGCAUGGUGAAUGGCGCGGGUUUAGCAAUGGCUACGAUGGAUAUUAUAAAACUCAAUGGGGGAGAGCCUGCGAAUUUUCUGGAUGUGGGGGGUGGGGCUAGUGCAGAAACCGUCAAGGAAGCCUUCAAGAUCAUCUCCAGUGAUCCCAAAGUUGAUGCGAUAUUCGUUAAUAUUUUUGGAGGCAUCAUGAGGUGCGAUGUGAUUGCAGAGGGAAUUAUUAAAGCUGCUAAGGAGUUGGAUUUGAAAAUACCCGUGGUGUCGCGAUUGCAGGGGACGAAGGUGGAGGAGGCUAGAAAGCUAAUUCAAGAUGCUCAAUUGAAGAUCAUCCCAAUGGAUGACAUGUCAGAGGCUGCUGAGACAUCUGUGAAGGUCGCUAAAAUGGUGCAGCUAGCGAGAUCCAUGAAUCUCGAUAUCAACAUCACCUUAAAGACAGAUAAAAAAGAAAAUGGGGGCUGUGAUAAGAAUCGCUCAAGGUGUUUCACAAAAUGCUGACGAUGACGCUUCAAUGACAUCACACCUCGAUAUUGACCUAUUCUUCAACCAGAAAGACAAACAUUUCAAUUUUUUUUGUCGCUCGAAAUUCCGUGUAAUGGUUCAUCAAAAAAUAAAUAUAUUUUGUACUACCAAA